UUUUUGUAAAUUAUGUUUUUUAGCUAAUAAAACUAAAAUAAUUUAUUAAAGUCAACUAAAAACGAUAUUAACUAAGAGGAAUCUUUGCAGCACACACAAUGUUAACUCUCCGAGAGCGUCAAAUCAAUGCUAUUAAGCAAAUGCUAAAUCUGAACUCUCAGCAGCCAAAGGCCUUAGCUGCUGAGCCGGUAUGGAAGAUUCUGAUAUACGAUCGUGUAGGUCAAGACAUAAUAUCGCCGAUAAUAUCCAUUAAAGAGUUGCGCGAAUUGGGAGUGACGUUGCAUGUCCAACUCCAUUCAGAUCGGGACUCAAUCCCAGAUGUGCCGGCUGUUUACUUUUGUUUGCCCACCGAUGAGAAUUUGGAUCGUAUUCAGCAGGAUUUCUCCAAUGGCCUCUAUGACAUCUAUCACCUGAACUUUCUGGCUCCGAUAUCCCGAAAUAAAAUUGAAAAUUUAGCUGCUGCUGCCCUGCAUAGUGGUUGUGUGGCCAAUAUUCAUCGAGUCUAUGAUCAAUAUGUAAACUUUGUUAGUCUCGAAGAUGACUUCUUCAUUUUAAAACAUCAGCAGAGUGAUCAGCUAUCCUAUUAUGCUAUCAAUCGAGCCAAUACCAGGGAUGAGGAAAUGGAGGCUCUAAUGGAUUCCAUAGUUGACUCUCUGUUCGCGUUGUUUGUAACGCUCGGUAAUGUUCCCAUAAUUCGCUGCCCCAGAAAUAGUGCGGCAGAGAUGGUAGCCCGCAAGUUGGAGAAAAAAUUGCGUGAAAAUCUCUGGGAUGCCCGUGCCAAUCUGUUUCACAUGGAUGCCACUCAAGCAGGUGGCGGAGUAUUUAGUUUCCAGCGUCCAGUUUUGCUGCUACUGGAUAGAACCAUGGAUUUGGCCACUCCUCUUCAUCAUACCUGGUCGUAUCAGGCUUUGGUGCAUGAUGUACUCGAUUUAGGAUUGAAUUUGGUCUACGUGGAAGAUGAUCAAAGCUCAACAACGGGGGCCCGAAAGAAACCAAAAGCCUGCGACUUGGAUCGCAAUGAUCGCUUCUGGAUGACCCAUAAGGGUAGCCCAUUCCCAACUGUGGCUGAGGCCAUACAGGAGGAACUGGAAUCCUAUCGCAAUUCGGAAGAGGAAAUCAAACGACUGAAGAGUUCCAUGGGAAUUGAGGGUGAAUCCGAUAUUGCCUUCUCGUUGGUCAAUGAUACCACAGCUCGUCUUACGAAUGCCGUCAAUUCGUUGCCCCAGUUAAUGGAGAAGAAGCGUCUGAUCGAUAUGCAUACGAAAAUAGCUACAGCAAUAUUAAACUAUAUCAAGGCACGACGACUGGAUUCCUAUUUUGAGAUUGAGGAAAAGAUUAUGUCGAAACAGACCUUGGAUAAACCCCUAAUAGAUCUGCUGAGGGAUGCUGAAUUUGGUCAAUCGGAAGACAAACUGCGAUUAUACAUUAUCUAUUACAUUUGCGCCCAGCAAUUGCCUGAAGUGGAAAUGGAUAGACUAAAGGAGGCACUCCAGGCAGCUGGUUGCGAUUUGACUGCCUUGGCCUAUGUCCAAAGAUGGAAAUCGAUUAUGAAUCGUUCGCCGGGCAUUAGCCAGGGUACCCAGUAUGAAGGUGGUGGUACCAAAACUGUGUCCAUGUUUUCAAAACUUGUCUCACAGGGCAGUUCAUUUGUUAUGGAGGGUGUGAAGAAUUUAGUAGUGAAACGUCAUAAUCUUCCUGUAACGAAAAUCACCGAGCAAGUGAUGGAGUGUCGCAGCAAUGCUGAAACUGAUGACUAUCUAUAUCUGGAUCCAAAAUUGCUAAAGGGUGGUGAUGUUUUUCCCAAAAAUCGUGCUCCUUUCCAGGAUGCUGUGGUCUUUAUGGUUGGUGGUGGCAAUUAUAUUGAAUAUCAGAAUCUUGUCGAUUUUAUCAAACAAAAACAAACGUCCAAUGUCCAACGACGCAUCAUCUAUGGUGCCUCCACAUUGACCAAUGCCAAACAGUUUCUCAAAGAGCUUUCCGCACUAGGCAGCGAGAUUCAAGCGCCGACAUCGACAAGUUAGGAGCGACUCCUAACAUUUCAUUGCUGCUGAGCAGACGAGGACAGUAAAGGAUUUGGGUAGGGGGGCCGUAUCGGGGAAAAUCAAUGUAUGUGUUUGUUGUAGCUUCUCUUUAUACUUUAAGCAUAUCCAAAAAUAAAUUAAAUGCCUGGCAAAAACUA